UAGUCCCAAGUAGCCGGCGGUCUCCAUACUUGUCGUCGUUGUUGGUUUGUGUGUCGCAUAUCCCGUAUAUCGUUUUAUGGGAAUUUUUGGUCGCCGUUUGAAUAAAUCUUAAACAUUUAAAUUUAAAAGAUGUUUUCCGUGGUUGGGUUCACUGAGGAGUUUGGUGACACUCUUGCCGUUGUCCAUUCAAAAUGGCUCACACCAUUGAAAAAGGAAGUGUUUUGGCCUCCUUAUAAGGACACGAAAGUCUUUAAUAAAGCGGUUCUAAGAGGAGAGGAAGUUUCCGAUAAAUGGAAAUUGUAUUCAAUUUCAAAGUGUUAUUACACAGCAGACAAUUUUGAGUUAGCACAGAAGAAAUUAAAACUUGCUGAACUAACUUCAGAUUUACAAACAGAUAGUGAAGACAGUGAAUCCAUCACUUUGAAAUCCAAGAGAAAAGUUACUCGACCAAUUCGAUUUGAUAGCGAUGAAGAAUAUUCAGAAAAUAAUAUUCCUCGGCCGCCAAGCCUUAACAAUCUGAGGCCAAAUAUUGAAGCACCAAAUGAUCAUCGAUAUGAAGCAGGUAGUGCUAGUGCUGGCACCAGUAGUAAUUAUUCAUCAAAGGCUAUCAACAUUGGUAAAGUGAGAGAGCUCACUCACGAUUCCAUACGACCAGCUAAAGAACUAAUAAUUAAUGGUUCAGAAGCAAUUUCGAAAUCAGCAUUUGAAAUCCUUUUGACGAACCUGUUGGAAAUAAAGCAACAAAACAAGAAAAUUUUAAAUUUAUUGGAUCAAAAAGAGAGCUUAGCAAAAUCAGUAAUACCGGAUGAUCUUCCAGUUACAUUUCCUCUAAAGAAUUUGGAUGAUCUUGUUUCUUUUGAAGGUUACCUAACAUCAAAAUCUGAAGGUGCACAUGCCAUUGUAAAACAUUGGUCUGGUUUUGGUGGUAAGGAUGUAUCCUCCAAAACAAGUAGAAUUUUAAAAGAAGUACUAAGUGACGGAUUAGCCAAGGAUUAUAAUUUUUAUGGUCGUCAUACAAAGAAGGCAUUUUCAGAAUUAAAACUUAAUUCGGAAAUUAUACGAGCUGUUAAAUUAACCUGUAAUGGGUGUUCUACGAGAGAGAUAGAAGACGUCAUUAAGACAUGGUUAAAGCAUGCCCCUGAACGACUAAAGAAAAAGAAGCAAAACAAUAAUAAUGAUUAAAUGUAAGUUUCUUAUGUUCGUGGACUAUUGACUUUUUAAAGAGGUCCCUAUUUAUUUUACUUUGUUUUUUGAGCUCUUUGAACUUGAUAUUUUUCAUAUUUUACUUCAUGUUUGAGUUGAUUUGCUAAAGAGAUUUUUAUUUAUUUUAGUUUGAGUUGAUUUGCUAAAGAGAUUUUUAUUUAUUUUACUAUGUCUAGAAAUUUUUAUAAAAAAGUAGUUGGCAAUCGCCAAAUGUACAGGAGAGUUGCUCAAGAAGUUAAAAUUGCAUUAAAAGAUUUGGACAACCAAUAUCCUGAAAAUAAUACAUUUUGCACUAGUCAUAAACACAAUGAGAAUGUUUCACAAAGUGUAUCUCCUAAUAAAGAAGUUAAUUCAACAUUUGUGACCAAUGAUUUUAACAUUGAACAUAAUGCAUCAUUAGAUUUAAAUCUAUCUCUCGACAACCAAUUAUCAGAAUUAGAUACUGAUUAUUCUUUUGAUGAUGAUGACCCUUACUCAAAUACUGAUAACUACGUUAAUACCUCUAGUUCUUC